CAGCAACCCAGUCAAUGGUAUGGUCUACUGCGCACUCUGCCCCCACACAAGCGCUACCAAUCCGGGAGAAACCAAUAACAUCCAAGCGCAAACUCCAUAUUUUAGACGGCGAAAAUCAUGACCAUUCGUUAGGGGAAGUUGAGAAGCGCAUCUCAAAACGAGCCAAAGUACCGCAAUCUUCUAUCAAUAUCCUUUCGUUUCGGGGUCGAGAUAACCCUACUAAGGGCAGAGGCCACCGUAGCGAGUCAGCAAAACAGGACGUGCAAGGCCUCGCUCUCGCCGGUCGUUCAUGUACGCAUUGUGUGCACAUAAAGAAGAAGUGCGACAAACAAGUCCCCUGCGCCAUGUGCGCGAAGUUCUGGAAUCGCUAUUCGACCGGAACACUACCAAAAGCGAAGCGUAUCAACUGUUUAUCGCCUGACAGGUCCUAUGAUACUGCACUCCAAACAAAACUAGCACUGCGUCAUAUACACGAUGAGAUGACAGCGAUUCGCAGUUCUACCUCGAGCCUACCGAAACUGCUGUCGAUUCGGGACGGCCUAAAGCCAAGUCAGAAGAGGCUUAUGCAAUCUCUUUUGAUGAAUCUUCAAAGAAGAAUACAACAAGAUCUCGGAUGCUACUUCUAUAUAGUCAUGAUCAUGGGUCGCACACAAAGCCUCCAAAACCCGGCGUUCGAGACGAGUUCCUCACACGACAUUCUCGGCCAAUGGCAUAUACUUGAGGCUUCAGCUUUGUUCUUUGCAUGCAACAAGGUUCACAUGCCGCAAUACAGUCACCAACAUACACUUGAGUGCCACAUAGUACAUCAUUUUUUCGGCGUUCACACACCGCGACUAGCCUGUACAGCACAUCAACUGAGGAAGAAGACCAACGAGCGACUGAAAGAGAAGUACACUGAUCUACUGGGAAAGCAUGACACUUGGCCACUGAGAGUACCCCAAUUUUCGCUCCUCUUAGAGCUUUGUGAGCACUUUCCCGAUGCUUACUUUUUACCGCCCCUUCCUGGAAACGUGAUGGACAGUCGCUUCAAUCUCCGCAUUUUGUGCCGGCAGCGAUUCUAUUCUGGCGUAGAUGGAGCUUGUGUUCAUGUAUACGAAACAGCCAUGGGUUCCUAUAUCAUCUCAGUCGACUCCGAUUUAACCUUAUAUCGAUUUGGUACGCUGAUUGCACCUUUCAGAAUCGCAAGGUCCGGCCCAUUUGCCCAGAUGCUACAAGCAACAGGUUGGCUCAACAUUCCCUCCAUCAGGCCUCUGGAAUGGGGAGUGCCCGUUAUUGAUGGCUGGGCUAGUAUCAUUGCUGCCCAUUACACGAAACGACGAGCCGCACGAUGGUGGAUAAUUCCUUCGCUUCGUUGUUCAGACUGGAACUUCAACCGCUCUUGUCAUUCGAAUUUGCACCCUUCGAUUUGCUUGGACGACGUUCGUUUGGCGCUGUCCACGUUUCAUAUGAUAAUCAAAUCAGAGCUUAGGAAGCUGGAGUUGGAAUUGGAGUCGGAGCUACAACAGCUAGAAGUAGAACACGGCGGUUGUUCAUGCGCCUUCUGUGUGCCUUGGUAGACGACCUUCACUUGCCUGGUACAUAUGGUAGCUGUCGUUGUAUCAAAAAUUAUAAUGUAAACCAUGGGCCGUGUUGCGUGGGAUCUGAUAAAGGUUUCGAAACGUUAUGCGAGAAAUUGAAGCGAAAGCAUACAGGAUCUUCGAUAUAAUCUAGUUAUCAAAACCCUAUACUGUGUAUGUAGCAAUGUAACCCGAACUAUAUACUACUAACGACGGCAGUAUGGAGGCGAUGCCUGCUAGAAUGUGACGAAAUCAUUCCACUAUAGAUGCGGAGUGAAAUUGUAGUAAGAGUCUGG